UGAAGGUUGGAAAAUACGGUAAAUCAAAGACGUGAAACUUGAAAGUCGGCUCAAUUCGUGAGGUUACUUGGCAGUGCUGAGUUAAGAAAAUGGCUCAGACAGGCAUCCUUCUUCUUACUGCUCCGUUAAAUCAGCUCCGUCAACGCAUUCAGAUCAUCCUAUCUAGUGCAGCAAAGAGCAUACAACGAGUCCUCUAUGUCCAAAUUCAACCUGGACUAGAAAUCACAGAGAGUGGUUCCUCUCUGCCGUUCCCUGUCUCGAAGGAGCUUGCCAGUCUCAUCACACAGGUUUACUCCUACUCUGGGAACUCCCACCAUUCUCUUGAUGUCAGGAUUCUACUCAGUAAUAUCUCAAGCAACUUGGCCAUCCCUCCUUCAGUACCGAGCUGCCCUCAGCUUCUCAGCUCCUCCCCUCAGCUGGUGAUGACAGACAGUCUUCUGCCAUCAGAUCAGAUCCUAAGGCACUUGUCACAGUGGAUCGUCAUCCCUCCAGAGCCUCCAGUGGAAAAACUCUUUACCUCACCUUCAACUGAUGAGACAAGUUCUAACACAGCUGGAUCAACUGCAAGACUGGUCACAUCCUCAGGGACAGAAGCAAAAAUGGCAAUACAAGGUCAAGGAGACAGUGUAUUCAAGACAUACAGACAUGUUUGUCUUGGUGGAACCUUCGACAGGCUGCAUGCAGGCCACAAGAUACUGUUAGCAGAGUCAGCGUUAAGGGCAACAGAGAAGAUCACAGUUGGAGUUACUGAUGGCCCAAUGCUUGAAAAGAAAACCUUAAUGGAGCUUAUCCUACCUCUUAAACAACGUUUGGAAGAUGUCACUGGGUUUAUCAAAGACGUGAAGCCUUGUUUACUACACAGUGAAGCAGUCGUACCAAUCACAGAUCCAUUCGGUCCUAGUAUCGUCGUCCCUGAUAUAGAAUGCAUUGUUGUUAGUGAGGAGACAAGGAAGGGAGGAGACAGUGUCAAUAAACGUAGGGUUGAAAAGAAUAUGUCUGAGCUUGCCGUUCAUUCAAUUGAUAUUGUACCAGAUCAGAACCAUGCUAAACAUGAAGAAGCCAAAGUCAGUUCAUCUUCCACCAGAGCUAGACUGCUUGGCAAGCUCCUAAAACCAAUAAAGAUCGUAGGGGAGAAACCCAUUCCAUACAUCAUUGGUCUAACGGGUGGUAUUGCCAGUGGGAAGUCAUCGGUGUGUAGAAGGCUUGAGGGCCUUGGUGCAGCCAUCAUAGACUGUGAUAAAUUAGGUCAUCGGGCAUACGAGCCAGGGACGCUAGCACAUCAACAAAUCAUUGAAGAGUUUGGUCAAGAUGUACUUGGUGAAGAUGGUAGAAUAAACAGAGCAGUACUUGGACCCAAAGUAUUCUCUAACCCUGCUAGACUACAGGCUCUUAAUAAAAUAGUUUGGCCCUCAAUCCAAAGACUAGCUCAAACUCAGAUUGAUGAGUAUACUACACAGGGUAAAUCAGUAUGCAUUCUAGAUGCUGCAGUACUAUUAGAAGCAGACUGGGAUCAAUUCACUCAUGAAGUAUGGACAUGUAUUAUUCCAAAGACAGAGGCAGUACAGCGGAUCAUGGAUCGGGAUGGUCUUGUGGAAGAGAGGGCUCUACAGAGGAUAGAAUCUCAGAUGACCAAUGAGGAAAGAAUCGCUAGGAGCAAUGUAGUCCUUUGUACUAUCUGGGAACCAGAAAUCACACAGAAACAGGUUGAGAGAGCUUGGUCGGGUCUCCAGUCACGUAUUCAGGAAUGUAGUAAACCUGAGCAACCAAAGCUAUGAAACAAGCCUUUUUGAACUCCUAUAUAGCUGAGGUUGAAGAAACUUUCAUCCUUACUUUAGGGGAGCUCCUUUUAUCAAGGGACCAAAGAGGGUAAACAAUUGAUGUGGAAACGAAUGAAGGAAACUCAACAAUGUUCAUGAUGAAACAAGGUAUUUUUUUGUUGUUCAAACUCUUGAACAAACUCUUUAAGAUCAUGUUAACAUUCAAACAUACAGACUUUGUCAGAGGCAACUUCUGUCAGAGUUAACAUUCAAAGGUCUGAUUGGAAAUUUCUCUGUUGUAAUACUAUUAUUGAAAUCUGUUUAUUGCACCCAACAUCUCACUUGAACACAGUUAAGGCUGCAUUAUUUGACUUUCUGUAUAAAUCGAGCCAAUUUUACAGACCUGGGUCCCUUAACACAAAGGUUAGGAAUUAAUAGUACACUUGACUUUCACGAUCAAUUGUACAUUGAAGUCAAUGGAAUCGAUUGUAGAAAAAUGUUCUACGAUCAUUGCUAAGUUUUGUGGAUAAAUUUGCCAAUUCGUUCACUGCCAACUCGUCCACACACCACAUGGUCUACCUUCAUUUAGUCUAAUGCCAUUCCGUCCAUCAACAUUUCGUCUAACAACCAUUUGGUCCAAUCAUCACUUCGUCUAAUCACCAUUUCGUCUAUUACCAUUUCAUCUAAUAACCAGUUGGUCUUAUACCCAUUUUCUUUUCAUUCAUUUUGCACAAUGAACACUUUAGUUUAAUUAGACCAAAUGGUAUAUGGACUAAAUGGCUAUCGGACCGACUGGUUAUUAGACGGAAUGGCAUUAGACUAAAUGAAAGUAGACCAUGUGGUUAGUAGACGAACUGAUAAUAGACCAAAUGGUAGUAGACGAAUUGGCAAUUGGACGAAUUGGCAUUAGACGAAUUGGAAAUAAAUUGUUUUGUGUUAUGGGCCUCAGACUAUGCAAAACAUGACAUUGUCCCUUUGAAGUCAAAUAUCUCUAUGUUCCCAUGAUAGUUGACUAUUAAACACAGUCAUCCCGCCUGUAUUUCCAUAGAACUAUUUGGUGUUAAUUUUUUAAGAGAGUUUUCGUGUAACAAAUCACAAUACCUGUAUUCCUGAGCACACAUUUGAAAAUGAAUAAUAUUAUAUGAUGCUGUAAUGAGUAAUGAAAUUACCAUGGAGCUCCAUGUAAAACAUGCAAUAAGUCAGUGUGAUGAUGUAUGACACAGACACCACUUUAAACUUUGUCAUGUGGAAAAGAAUUCACAUGACUAUAAUUGUCAUGUUCAUUAUGCACAAGAAGUGCAUGUCUCUACAAAUUUUGAAAAGAUAUGUAAAACUUAUUAAAUGAAUUUGUUGGAAGUUAAUUGCGUCUGAUAAACUUGGCAAGAAAUUUUUGAAUUCCGUAAAUUUUAAAUUGUGGUGCUUUGAAACUGAAUAUCGUAUCUGUACAUGCUGGAAGUAUCCAUGUAUAUUAAUUGGUAAUAUGUGGACUAGUUCUUGUCAUUUUCAUGUCAUGUUAUGGUUGUACAAAUUUGAAUGUAUAGAAAUUUAUAUUUACGGUGAUGGGAAAUACUAUUAUAUUCAAUGUGCCUUAACUUAUGCAAUGCAUAUGUUGCUGCUAGAGUGACAAAACUAUGUGUAAAUCUCAAAUAUAAAUCUUCAAGACUCAAAGAACAUAAUAAUCAUAAUUAUAACUGCAUUGGUAUCAGGCACUUUAAGAAAUAAAUAUUUCUGAGCACUGCAUGAUUCUACUUCGACUUAAGCACAAUUACUAAACUUAAACUCUCUACCAAUUCAAGUUAAUUACUUGAUAUUCAUGCUGCCGUAAAAUUGAGGUUCCUUACUGUAGUGUUAUAGCUUAUAAUUCAUGUACUUGUAGGAGAAUUCACUAGUUUAAUUGAGGGUUGAGACCCUUGCUAAUAAGAAAAAGUCUCAUUUGAUCCAACUUGCAUCUGAUAAAUUUGUCAUUAAUAUGUCCUUCAAAUUUCAUAAUGAACUAUUGACAUCUUAUUUCAAUAAUUUCACUUAGAAAUAGAUUACCCGAGUCACCUAAUUCAGAUAAAGUGGAUGGUUUAAUGUUUAUUUGGCAAGUAAUUGUCAUUUAUUGUGUUACAACACUAUGAAAUGAUGGGAGAUUUAAAAAAAAAAAAUUGGAGCUUGAUUUUUUUCUGGAAAAAACGAGAAAAUCCUAGAACCUACCGUGUUGUUAUUUCUAUGUAAAAGGUUAUAUAGACAAUAUUUACCAUAGACAAUGUAAUAUCAGGUACAUGUAGCUAUGUAAUGAUGAUGGUAAUUGGUGCAUGUACAUAGUUUUUCUUUUGUUAUUCAUGAAAGUAUAAAUAGUACAUACUGUACAUACCUGCGAGUUUCCCCUCUGCCUAAUAAGUUGUACGGAAGCGAUGAAUAGUGGAUUGUAUUAAAAGAACAAUACAACUCAUUUACCUAACUACUCAUGCAUUCCAAAAUUUAAUAAACUUUUUAUUAGUACCAGGAACUUGUGAAGUAUGAUAUUCCUUGAGAUGUAAGGCGUAUUGGAACUUUGAUGACUUAAAAAAGUUGUAGGGAAGAGAGUUUUUGCGAUGAGCUUGGUCAUAUGCAAUGUUUCAGCUUGCGUCAGUUUUCCAUGAUUUUUUUUAAAGAAACAUGUACUUGUAGGUUGUUUAAUGGAAGGAGUUGAUCCUGUGAAUAUGUCACCCAUUUCUCCUUCAGAUACUCUUCUUAUUGGGGAGCUUUAGAUUUGUCAUUCAUUCAUGAGGCAGAAUCUUGUGAUUUGGGUAAAUCAGCUUUACUAUGCAUGAAUAAGAAAUAGAGCUCACCGUUACUUGGAGAAAAGAUUAAUUCCUCAUCAUGUACUGGGUUGUGAAAUCUAAAGCCCAGCACACACUACACGAUCUGCUACGAUGCGAUUUUCAAAGAAAUUGUAAUAGCAUUUGUUAUGAACAUUCCACCAUAUAAUAUCUAAAUGAUCAAAGGUAUGAAUAGUGGUAUGAAUACUUGAAAUUCCAGUCUAUUGUGAGCAAAAUAAAUGUCAAAUCGUAAUUACAUCAUCAUCGGCUGCAACUUGAAGCAGAUUUAGACUUUACUCUGACCACAAUGCUUGCAGCAAAGCAAAAUUCUUAUUUUAGUAUGAAGCAUUAUGCUGUUCACAAAUCGCGUCAUAGUCGGAUUGUGUACUUUGCUUCGGACUUGAAGCUCUCUAUAUUGAACUUGGUAGAGAACUUUGUAUUAAGGCUUAUUUUGUGGUAUGGUGAUGAAUUAUACAAUGUAUGACUGCUUCAUCCUUAUUUAUUUGAAUGGUAGUUUUUACAAGGUCUGUCGUAUGCAAGAAAAUAUUAAUGUAUUCAGUACUUUGACUAAGUCAAGCAAGUAUGUCCCACCUAUCUAUUGGUAUGUUUAGAUUUUUCAAAUGUGAGAUGGUUAACUUCAAAUUUCUGUUGCAGAUGUUUUUCAUUUGUAAGUGAAAGAAAACUGCACAAAUUCUAAGACUUUCACACCUAAGUCAUCUUGAUAAAUUACAGUGGCUCUACUUUGACUUUGUGGCGUGCGCCUGUAAUCCUAGCUACAUUGGGGAAGUUAAAAAUUGAUGCAGAGGUUUAAGGUGUCACGUCUCUUCGAUGGUGAUUUUAAAUGUAGGUCCCAGAUGUAAAUGAUCAUAUCUGAUUGAUACAUAACACGUCUGUUAAAAUUCAAACACACAAUCUUGUCACGUUUGAAUGAAUGCUAAAUAAACACCUGUUUCACUAGCUUUGUUACUUGUUUAACUAAAUUAUCAACUUGUUUUUUUUAACCUUUUUCUUGUUUAAUUUGUUUUACUUCCUUGUACCAUUAUUUUAGCCAAGGUUUCAACUGAAAUCAGGGUUUAACUCUGAUAUUUGUAAUAUUGUUAAUUCUGUUUUAUUCUUUUCUAUCGACUAGGCUUCUGCAAAUAUAAGAAAUAUUGACUACUGAGGUCAUAUUGCACUCAUACUUUGACUCAUGCAACAUGAUCUUGAGGUUUGGCAAUCUUGGAAUUUGCCAUUGUUUCUGUCUUCUUAAUCCUAGUCAGUAUGAUAUACUUUCUUUUUCAUUAUAGUAUACUUUCUUUAUUUUCUUAAGAAUUGAUUUUUCUUAUUCUAUGUAUUUUGAAGUCUGUUAUCUUCUGUGAAAAGGAGAAUGGUGUAACUCACAAUUUGAUUGUCAGGCAUUAAAGAAUUUGGAUAAAAAAAUGCUUAUUCAUAUUUCAAAAGCACAGCAAUUAUUGCUGCAGCAUAAUGUUAUACAAUGCCAUUUAUUUUUUCUUUGUUAUUAUCGUUUUGAUUAUGAGUUUCAAACCAAAUGUGCAAUAUGAUCUUCAUCAGCGUGAUAACCUACUUCAGAUGCAAAGUGUAGUUUCACUUUUCAACUUGCAACUUGUUUUCCUUUGCAAUAAUCUUUUUGAUGAAGAACGUAGAAUAUGAAAUCUCCCAAGUUAUUUCAGGCUUCAGUUUCAUCAGUACAUAGAGCUAGGAAAUGCAUGUAGAUUUUUAUUGAAAUCUGUUAAAGCAUUUUUUUUAAAUUGUCAUAUGAAAGUUAAUAAGGCUAUUACUAGUUGGAUUUCAAAUUACAGGUAGUCAAGACAUAUUUUUGCAAAUUGCUACAUUAUCUCUCAGCAUUUUUGAUAUGUAAUACUGUCAUCCUAGUAUUCAUAAUAAUUUGUUAAUUUCUAAAGUUUGAUAUUUGUUCUCAAAGAGAAUUUGGAAUGGUUGUAUGUUGUAAACCAACUUAUUCUGAAGAUGAUAAAAUGAAAUAUAUAUGAAUAUAAUCAAUUGAAAAUAAACCUAAUUUGUUUGUGUAUUGUUU